UUCUAGCUGCAUUUAAGCAAUUGAGCUGCUUUUACUUUUAUUUUGUGUCACCCGAUGUGGGUUUUAACUCAUCUUUUUUAUGACACCACCGCUCCUUGUAUCGCGUCUGUCACCUUGAAUCUGAAUGAACGGGAGAUAUUGCGCCACGUUGUUUUAUUGUGAAGGCCUUGCCCGGAUAUCGUAUGCUUUAGUUCGGCAACUCGACUCGUGCCCAUGCAGCGAAGCAGCGAAGCAGCGCGAGCCGCUCAGCUGUUCGAAUCUUUCCGUCUUAAUAGUAAAGUUUUUGGAGGGAGUUUUAUUGCCUUGUUCGCUUUUGCUGGGUUUGGACCGGGGAUCGGGUCCUGGAGGAAUGUGAGCAUCGCUGACUGACUCUGUCUGUGACUUAUACCGGACAGAGCCCAGGGUUAGAAUGCCGGGGCUUGGGGUUCUGGUUGUGCUGAGCCUCAGUCUGAACCUCCACACGUGCCUGGGCUUUCCCAGCCAGCUGGUGAACCUGGAUAAGGAGCUGGGCGGCGGCGGGAACUCGAGCCAAGGGGCGCACGGAUGCGGGAUGUGCGAGCCCGACCUGUGUCCGGAGACGCGCGGCUGUCGGGCCGGCCUGGUGCCGGACGCCUGCGGCUGCUGUAUGGAGUGCGGAAACGUGGAGGGUCAAGCGUGCGACCCGGGGAACCGCAGCGUCUACUACGGGCUGUGCGGAACCGGGCUGCGGUGUCAGGCGGACCCGCGACCAGCUGGAGGAGGAGAGGAUGAAGAAGAAGAGGAGGUGUGUGUGUGCGACGAGCAGGAGGCAGUGUGUGGGUCGGACGGAACCACUUACAUGAACAUGUGUCAGUUCAGAGAGGCUGCGUUCUCCAAAGCCCAGCUCCGAACCAGAGGGAGGGGGCCGUGCACGGCAGUCCCUGUCAUUAAGGUUCCUCCUCAAAGCCAGAUGAACGGAACUGGCAGCAGGCUGGUGUUCCUCUGUGAGGUCUUCGCGUUCCCCAUGGCUCUGGUGGAGUGGAGGAAGGUGGGUCGUGACGUCAUCCUGCCCGGAGAUGACCCCCACAUCUCAGUCCAGUCCCGGGGCGGUCCGCUGAGGUUCGAGCUGUCCAGCUGGCUGCAGAUCGAGGGAGCGGUGCUGGAGGACGCCGGGACUUAUCGCUGCAUAGCCAGGAACACUGUGGGUUUCGUCUCUGCCUCCGCUGUGCUGGGUGUACUGGGAGCAGAGGACUUGUCAUCCUUCCUUGCCAAUAGGGAUCCAGAGCGGAAGCUGUCAGACUACAACCAGAACUUCUACUGAACAAUCACCCUGUGAUGCCUUGGACCCGUGGACGCACACACAGGGUCUGGUGAACCUGUAGGUGUAAAAAUAAACAGGCAAUCAGCCACAGCC